GAUGGCGCGGUUACGCUUUAUCCUGUCAUAACAACCGCCAAACCCCAAUGGAGAGGAAGAAGAAGCAAAAGAAGCAGCAGGCAGUAUUAGAAAAUGGUGCAUAUUUUUAUUCUGUAAACGAGUUUUAGUAGUUAUUUAUUUAAUUUGUUGGCCUCUUGAAAGCAGUUCUUUGCGAAAUCCGUGCUUUCGGAUGACUCGUCUGUGAAAGUCAAAGCGGAAUCUGUGAGGUGGAUUAGGAAGGUUAGCUAGCAGCUCUUAGCAACACAACACUAACAGCACACCAAUCCUUUUCACACUGCGCGUGCAGAAAGAGAAGAAAGUGUCAGUGCAACGGAUGUCUUUAUUUUGAUUAUUUAUUGUUUAGCAGACAUGGCUUCAGAGUUCACUAUUGACAUCCAGCUCACUGAGCUGGGCUUUUCAAGCUGGGACUUCCAGGUAUUAAAACAGAAAGAGACACAUCAGGACAAUGCAGACCUGGACAAUGCAUCUGCAACAAUGACGUCGGCGUGUCCCACGCCAGUGGACAUGCUCGUGCAGGAGGAAACAUCUGUGAGGCAUUUUACUCCUGUUGUUCAUCCAAUUUCUCUUCCCAGUCAUAAUGGCUCUCAGGAAUUUAGUACCAGUUCAGUGCAUGCAGAUUCCACAGAGACGAGCACAGGCGAUGGCGACAAGACUGUACAUGAAGAACAAAGUUUAUGUGUUAGAGAAAAAAGAAGAAAAUAUCCAUGGUAUGAUGAAAAUGCUGAAGAGCGACUUAAAGGGGACAAAAGGAAAAAAUUACACAAAGAUCAGAGAAAGAAUGCUGAGCUGAAAGAAGGAGGAGCUCAGAGGAAGCUGGCUAGCGAUGCUGAUGUUUCUGAGGAAGAAGACGAAAAUGAUAAUGAGGAGGACGAUGAGGAAGAUGAUGACAACGAUGAUGACAACGACUCGACAGAAGAUGAGGAAUGUGAUGAUGGGUUGUCUUCAGAUACAAACGGUUGGGAAGAGCACCGCUGCGAGGUGUGCAGCCUCAGCUUUCCCACGAUGUUCCUCCUACAUGAACAUUUGCAUGUACAUAAUGGCGUUCGUCUCUACCGCUGCGCAGAAUGCGGCAAGCAGUUCUGUCACCUCGUGAACUAUCGCAAGCACCUGCGCUCUCACGGACAAGCGUCCACUCUUCAAUGCGUCAUUUGCACAGCCCAGUUUGCAACACAGGACGAACUGAAGCACCAUCUGGACACGAACCACUUUGAGGAAAAGUUCUAUCAGUGUGAUCUCUGCAAGCGCAUUUUCACCAGCUUCGUGGAGUGCGAGAAACACGUGCAGACACACAAGCGGCGCGCUAAACGCUACCCCUGCCCCAAAUGCGAACACAGCUUCCGCCAUCGCAGAUCCAUGCUUUACCAUCUCAAGCGUCACAAAAAGGGCAUGUUCGUCUGCACGGACUGUGGCCUGGCGUUCUCCACAAAAGCCGUGCUCCUGCGCCACAGCUUUCAUCACCUGGGCCUGUUGCCGUACACCUGCAUACGUUGCAAGCGGCAUUUCCGCUUAUCCUCUCUUUACAUGAAGCACGAGUGUAAACCAGAGCAGUUGCAAUGCGUGGCAUGUCUCGUCGUCUUCCAGAGUCAGGAGGACUUCCUGAAGCACAAGAAGGACACAGGUUGCUGGGGUCAUCAGACUGCUCCGAGCUCAAAGACUAAUGACAUCCGGUGUAUGGAGUGUGGGCAGGUCUUUGACAAUUCAGAGGAACUUAAGAAGCACGCCGGGAUGCAUCAGAGGAUCCUGAAGUGCGCGGAGUGCGGCAUGGGUUUUCGCUCAUCCAUUAUGCUCAUGUCGCACAUGGGAGGUCAUGUGGCUCAGCGGCCAUGUCUCUGUAAAAAGUGUGGCGUUGGGUUUUGUCAUCAGCAGGCUUAUGACAGCCAUCUUAAAACCUGUGGGCUUGUGAAUCCAGCAGAGAUUCUCUUAAAGAAGCAAAAGCCAAAUUCAAGUAAGAAACCAGUUGUCACUCCAACACGCAGGGAAAUUCGACCGCUCCCACAGCUUGCACAGUCACGUCCAGCUGUUGUACUAAGUGGCCAAACAAAAGCUACUGAAGGUCUGACUACAUUCACUUCAAACAAAGAGCCGGCUUCUUCUGUACCACUGGUUAUGCUUUUACCGGUACAAUCUUCGUCUGCAUCCAGCGCCAUCCAGGCUCCCCAAAAGCUUCAUUCUGAUGUUUCAAAGCGAAGCUUGUCGGCUCCACAGGUGGUUCACAUUCCAUUACCCUUGAAUAACUGUUCAGUACAAAAUGAGCCUGACAGAACAGUACUGUUAAAAGACAUGGCUGGCCCGGUGCCUAGCUCCAAUGUACUGAUACCUUUACCAACUGUGAAAAAUGAGAAAACAGCAUGGACACUAUUAGAUGGUCCGUGCACAUCUAGUUCAGUAACAAAAAUAUACACAGUGAUAAAACAGCGUGAACAAGAGUCUAAUUUAAAAUUUAAACCCGUGAUGCAAAUUGUUCGGCUAAAUGCAAAGACUGACCAGAAAAAGAAUAUUUUGUCCAACCUAGAGAUUGCACAGGUCUUGAGCAUGAUGAAGAAAAAUAAUUGCGAUAAUAAGCCGAAGGAAAAUCUAUUAACCCCGCCACCUACAGCUUCAGACAACGCAGAAACAACAGCAGGCGGUGAAAAGCCAAGCGGAUUAAGGAUGGAAAACCCCUCACUUGGAAAGAGCAGUGACGCCCAAAUAACAGCAAACACAGAGAGACAGAGUGUUAGUGCUGUAAAAAUGCAGCCUUGUUGUCGUGGUGUUGAUUCUUCAGCAGACAUGCUUGUCAGUUCAACCGUUAAGAGACAAACAGAAGAGGAUCAAAUCCCAGCAUCAGUCUCCUCAAACCCGGAAGAGAGAGCAUCAAAGGACAACGUACACGAGAGAGACGAACCACAUGAGGACAACGGCCUUGGUCUGGAGAGCACACUGGUGGAGUUAGGUGAUGAAGCGGAUAUAGUGCAGUGUGAAACUUGUGGGGAAAUGGUUUUAGAAAGCGACUUGGUCCAACAUGGUAUGAAGCAUUAAGUCUCUCCUGUUCCUGCCAGUUCCUCGAUCCUGGGCUUUGUAAACUUGAACUGCUACAGGUUUUUGUUUGCGUGAGAACAUAAACUAUAAAAUAUACAACUCUAUACUAAAUUCUUUUCUUUCUUUCUUCUGUUUAAUUUAAAGCAAAGAAAAUCUUUCUCUUGAAUCCGGUAUUUUGGAGAAAACAGUAAUGGACUGUGUGUGUGUGUGUGUGUGUUCAUAUUCAUAUGAAUAAAACACUAAAUAUUUUUUUAAAAAAUGAUGGUUUGCGGAUUAUGCAGGUAAUUUUCACAAAUGCUUUACACUGUUUUACAGAAUUUAGCUAAUUUCUUUUUGUGUAUGAAUAUCAAAUUGCAUUUAAAAGGUAAUGUGCAAUCGUUUUAAGAGAUUAUCCUCAGAAUUAAAUCUAUCGAAACUAUUUUUUUUCCGACAUUUUUUUUUUCUUUGACAUAGACUUGUUUUCGUAUAACAAGACAAGAGUUCAUGAUGGAGGUAUAAUUUUAGCUAUGAGAUGAGUUAAACAUUACGUUGUACGUCAGUGGAAAUAAAAGCGCAAUCGGUUA